UUUUUAUUAAAAUGCAGAAACAUUCAAAAAUUCCAAAAAUGGCAAGCUCUUCAAGACGUUCUGAUUAUGGUGAAGAAUUCAUUGAGCAACUAAGAAGAGAUCGCUUCAAAAAGUCGUAUAUUCUUGUUAAUGGAGUCAAUAGCAGUGAAGAAGAAGAUGAGGAAUUGGAUUUUGACGAGGAAGAUGAUGAAAUGGCAAGUUAUGCAAUGGGCGGACAUUUACAACAACAGCAACAAUUUCAACAACCUCCAAGACCAAGCUCUACUCAUUCAUCACGUAGGCCUCCAUCAGUUGCCGCGUCAUUAUCACAACGGACUGGUGGUGCUUUUGGAUUUGAUGCAAAGGACCUUUACUUUUUUGGUGUUCUUACUGAAAUAACGGACAAAUUUACGCCGGAUCGAGCUGCCAGAUUCAUCGCCAAAAGUUCUCCACCGUAUGAAUUUCGAACGUUGUCUUCAAUUGAAAGAGUUGCUUAUUUGUUCUACUACUCCCUUUAUGAAAGAUAUUUGAAUGUGCCAAAGUUUCACAAUGUUUUUAAUAGAGAGUUUUUCAAAUACACGAGUGCUGGUGAUUCCGAGCGUGGAGCAUUUUUGAAGAUAUGUCGACAUACACUACAAGAAUACAAAAGACGAAUGCUUGAACGGAAUAAAUUGGCUUAUAAACUGGCACAAAAACAUCUUUUUAGCGAUGAAAGAGCUACUUCCGGGAGCAGAGCAAGUGAUAGGCCAAGUUUUGCUGAUGGUGACAGUGAAAAUAGUUUGCAGUCUUUGGCUAAUGAGCUAAUGUUUUAUCGAGCACCUCAUGCUCCUAUUCAUUUUGCUGCUAAAGGACGCAUUGUUUUUGUCAACCCAGAAAUUGGAAUUAGUAUUGUAUGCAUUGAAAAUACCAAAAAAUUUUACAAAGACUCCGAGGGGCGACGUUUUGUUGAGACGUUUGAGAACUUUAAAGGUCCUUUAUUAAUUGACUAUACUCCACCACAAACUCCACUUUUGUUUAUACAACGCCAAAUUGAGAGGAUUUAUUCGUCUGAUGUUUACCGAGCAAAUCCAAAAUCUGGCGAUGCAAAUGAUUGUGUUCUUAUUUGGGCUUUAUUAGAAAUGCUAGUUAGGCAGCAAGGGAAAGUUACUGGACCUGAUUUGGCUCGUUUACUUUGUUCCAGUGAUCGAUAUACUCCUUUUUCAAAUCAAAGCUUUUUGAGGACAGAGUCACAAACCUCUAUCAAAUCAUCAGUUAGUGUUGAUCCGCAAGCAAUGGAACGGAUUACAAGAUAUUUGCUUGGAGGGCAUAUUGAGGAAGCGAUUGAAAGCGCAAUUGGAGAUGGAUUGUUUUUUGAUGCUUUAAUGCUUGCUCAUCGUUUAUUCCGUAAUGAUAGACACCGACAAGAAACAAUCGAAGCAAAAUUGAUGGCUUAUAGAUCACCCAAUCAUCCAAUAACUACUUUAAUAAAUGUGGCUUCUGAUUCGCCUGUUCCUUUAUUGAAUAAUCCAACGACAGAUGACACAAACGGAUGGCGAGCCCACAUUGCUAUAGUUCUCGCCAAUCUUCAAACACAAAAUGCAAUGAAUGCAGUAUAUCAAUUAGGAUUGUCUUUAGCACAGAAAGAAUUUAAUGCUGCUGCUGAUUUUUGUUUUUUGUCUGUUAAUUUAUUGACGGGUUAUAAUUGUUUUCAACCACCAAAUGAUAGUGAAUUAGAUGACCAUCCAAAAUAUCGCAAACAUAUCAGCCUUUUAAAUGCUUCAAUACCCGAUGAUUCUUUAAAUUCUUGUAUAACACGUUUUGGUUGGUCUGUAUUCGAUUAUCAAGCAACAGAAAUUUACGAAUAUGCAUUAAGAUUAGGUAAUGGAAAUGCAACUACAGCUCUUUCACAGUCUGAUGAUUUUGUUCAAACAAAGAGGCAAUAUGUUCAAUUACUUGGAGAACUUGGAGGAUUUGAUCAUUCAAUUGAACUUUAUAAUUUAAACGAGGGCAAAGGUUUUUGAAUUUAUUUUUUAAGUAGAUGGAAAAUGUGCGGGUUCUUUUCCUUAAUGGAACCUCGAUUUUAGAAUGUCCCAUAAAAGGUAUAGCGAGUUAAGAGUGGAUAGUCAUGAUUUUCUAUUUUUUUUCGACUAUAACUUUUUUAGUUUUCUUCCGAUUCAAUUAAUUCUUGUAUCAAUCGAAAGCUAUGCGGAUUCUUUUUUCUGUUGGGACCUUUAUUAUCAAAAUAUACAGUAAAAAGUUAUGUCCGGAUAAGCGCGCGCUGAUUGAUUUUUCAAUUAUUAUUAGUUAUAACUAUUCAAAAUUUCUUAUAAUCCGAAUGAUUCUCAUUCCAUUAAGA